GUUUGAAUCCCCUCAGCAGCAUGAACAGUCUGAACAAGUCUGAGUACCUACGAGUUUGAACGGUCUAAGCGGCUUCAAGUAAAACAAGGUGACCGUAAGCUAGAUUUAGUCCGCUGUGGUAUGCCACGUCACAUGAUCAAGCAACCAUCCCCCAAAAGAGACUAGACGAUAUGCUCGCCGUAAAUAAGAAGCCCAACCUCUCUUCCUCUGCCAUGCUCUGCACUGUCAUCAACAAUGCGUCUCAUUCACACAGAGCGGUUGCAGCUUGAAGAAUUCGCAGAUGAAAUCCCGCCUUAUGCGGUUCUUUCGCACCGAUGGGGUAAGGAAGAAGUGACGUUCCAAGACAUCCUCCUCAGCCGGAGCCAUGGUACGGAGGGCUACCGAAAAGUGGAGAACAUCUGUAAAGUAGCCAACCAGGAUGGCUUCGAGUAUGCUUGGAUUGACACCUGUUGUAUCAACAAAGACAGCAGCGCUGAGCUGUCCGAGGCAAUCAACUCAAUGUUCAGAUGGUACGAAUCGGCGGAACGGUGUUACGCUUACCUACGGGAUGUCUCUCUGGAAGAUGAUCAAUCUGAUUUAUCAACCAAAGUUAGAAACAGUGAAUACUUCAAACGAGGCUGGACCCUUCAAGAGCUCAUUGCUCCAUCGGACGUGCGUUUCCUUGCAGAUGACUGGAGUGAGAUAGGAUCCAGGGAAUCUUGGUGUACCUUGAUACAUAGCAUCACCAACAUAGACGAAUCGAUACUGAGAGGCUCAGCACAGUUGUCCGAUUUCAGUAUUGCCCGGCGAAUGUCAUGGGCUUCAGGGAGAAAGACGACACGUGUUGAGGAUACAGCCUACUGCCUCAUGGGGAUAUUCCACGUUAACAUGCCAUUGCUCUAUGGAGAGGGAGAGAAGUCUUUUAUACGACUGCAGGAAGAGAUUAUGAAGGAGUCAGCCGACCAGACACUUUUCGCAUGGAAACCACGCGAAUCAUCAGACAGAUCUGCAACUGGUCUUCUUGCGCGAUCGCCUGAUGAUUUCAAGCAUUCUGGAGAUAUCAUACCUUUCUACUUUUCAAAGAAAGAUUCUGCUCCGUUCUCGGUAACUAACCGGGGUAUAAGGCUACAUCUGCCCCUAUACCACAACUUACUAAUAAAGGAUGUACUUAUACUUGAGUGUCAGGAUACCUCAGAAAGUCACAUAGCCCUUGUGGGGAUAUAUCUGCUGCCCAGCCAUGGCGGCCAGUUGCAAUAUAUGAGAUAUAACUCUGGGUUCUGCAGAAUUCCUCUGUGGAGAAUACGUCAUGCCAAGCCUCAAACGAUCUAUGUGAUGAAGACAUCCAUUGGCAAGGGAGGGAGCUCUUUGCUGCAUGAGCGUAAACCUUAUCGCUACACCGAAUCCCGUCUCCGCAAAGAGUUAUCGCAGUCAGGAGAGCGCCCGAAAAAGCUAAUCCUGUGUUUCGAUGGAGGGAGCCAUAAGCAUGGAGCGAAUCAUCAAUCUAACAUCGAGAAAAUUCAUAACAUGCUUUAUGGCACAAACGGCUCCCAGCUUUGUCACUACCAACGAGCUAACUUCAGCCGCCCUGACGACUUUAAAGCAUGUAUGGGUGAUGGAUAUAGUUGGCUCGUAGAUCAUUAUAACGUUGGGGAUGAGAUAUUUCUUUUCGGCUUUUCUAGUGGGGCUUACAUAGCUCAAGCACUCGCAAGGAUGGUCGACUAUAUUGGAAUCUUACCUGACAAUAACGGGGUCUUUCUGGAUGCCUGGGACGUGUACCAAGGCUGGAAUAACUAUGCGCUGAGGGCCGAUGUUGAUGAAAUGUGGGAGGAGAGAGAGAAUUAUUUUCGAAUGAAAGGUUUUCGGGAAAAGCUCAGCAAGCCAGCCAACAGAAUCCCAUUUCUUGGUUUAUUCGAUGCUGUCGUUGUCAAAUCCAAAUAUCUCGGUAGAGAAGGAAAACGAAUCUCUACAGGCACAGAAAUUUCGAAAUCAGCCAAUACUAUCUGCCAUGCGGUCUCAAUAGAUGACUGUCAGGCUGAAUUGCGUCCGGUUCUCCUGAAUGAAGAGACCGGUGAUAGACUACGUACGAGAGGAAUCAAGCAAGUCUGGUUUCCAGGUAGUCAUGCUGUGAGUAUUCUGUUUGUCUAUGAACCCUCCCUUUCUUUUCUUUUCUUCUCUUCUUCUUCUCUUCUUCUUCUCUUCCUUUGGUACUAACUUCAACAGGACAUUGGGGGCCUCGUACCACUAGACUCCGAUGAGACUUGGAGUCUCAGCCACAUCCCGCUGGUUUGGAUGGUCCGCGAGGCCAUAAAUGCCGGUCUGUCUUUCAGGCUCACGACGCAGUUUGGAUGCGAUGAGCAUACGCAGGUCAGCCCACUAGAUCUGACCAAGAUACUGGACAGUAACAGUUUAAGCGGCCAGUAUAAUGCAUUUACAGUCAGUCCAGGGACAAUCUUCUCUAGCAGCCAGUUGAAGGACUCUUUACAUCUGGCAUCCACACAAGGCCACCUGCACAGCACCGUGAGCCACAAACACACAAUCAAUCAAACUAUCACCCGCGCUCUUCGUGACCAUACUGCAUAUCGACGGUUAACCCUCACGAAGCGCCGAAAGCUCCCAAUUUACGCCAAACUGCAUAUUUCUGCUAUCCAUAGAAUGGACGCGGAGUCUACCCAUUACCGCCCAGCUAAUCCGAUCAUGAACCGCGACCCGGGUAGAACAAUAACCUUAUAU